UCCAGCAAGACGGAGCAGAAAGAAACCCCCUGAAAUCCGAGGGGAACCCGGGUUUGGUUUCGGGACGGAUCCUGAGUUCAGCCUGAGCUCGGGACCCUCUGGUGUCUUCUCAAGACACGACUCUGGGUGGAGAUAAAGACGCUGCUCGCCUGGGCUGAUGCUUACCAGUCAUGGGACCCCAACAUACUUGGUUCCCACGGGUGGAGUGCCAGGAAAGUGUUUCCACUCGUCCGGACCAGGACAAAAAGAAGCUCUGGGCUGAGCUGUUUGACCGACUGGACCUCAACAAAGAUGGACGGAUUGACAUCGUUGAACUGAGGGCUGGGCUGGCGGACCAAGGACUCUCCAGACGCUCCUUGCAGAGGGUCGUGGAGGUCGGGGACACCAACAACGAUGGCGUGUUGGACUUUGAGGAGUUUAUCCAUUACCUUAAUAACCACGAAAAAGAGCUUAAACUCAUGUUUCGCCGGCUGGACAAGAACAAUGAUGGUGAGAUAGAUGCGGCUGAGAUUCAGGGCUGUCUGCACAACAUUGGUGUGAAUAUUAGCCUGGAGGAGGCCACCAGGAUUUUGCGAAGUAUGGACAAGGACGGUAACUUGACAAUUGACUGGAAUGAGUGGCGAGAAUACUUCUUGUUUAGACCGCUCACCAAUAUGGAGGACGUGGCACGCUACUGGAAGCGAAAAAUGAUGUUGGAUACAGGCGAACAGCUGAUGGUGCCAGACGAAUUUUCUGAUGAGGAGAGGAAAUCUGGUGAUGUGUGGCGCCAGCUGAUGGCUGGAGCUUUGGCUGGAUCGGUAUCACGUACUGGGACCGCUCCCUUGGACCGCCUCAAAGUCUUCCGACAGGUACACGGGUCCUUUGAGUUUAAAGGGAAUUUCGUGAGCGGAUUUCAGCACAUGCUGAACGAGGGAGGACUGCGGUCACUGUGGAGGGGCAAUGGAAUCAAUGUCCUUAAAAUUGCCCCCGAGACCGCCAUCAAAUUCACCGUUUAUGAACAGAUCAAGAGGCUCAUGCGAAGCAGUAAAGAAACAAAGACUCUGAGGGUUCAUGAGAGGUUUGCUGCUGGGUGUUUGGCUGGAGCAGCAGCUCAGACUGCCAUUUAUCCAAUGGAGGUGUUGAAGACCCGUCUCACGUUACGAAACACUGGUCAAUACUCAGGGAUAAUAGACUGUGCAAAGCAGAUCCUACAGCGGGAGGGAGUCCCGGCUUUCUACAAGGGUUAUGUACCCAACAUGCUGAGUAUUGUGCCUUACGCUGGCAUUGACCUGGCUGUUUACGAGACUCUGAAGUUUGCAUGGCUGAACAGGAACAAAGGCUUAACUGACCCCGGGGUGAUGGUGUUGGUCGGAUGUGGUGCCAUCUCCAGCACCUGUGGACAGCUGGCGAGUUACCCCCUGGCGCUGAUCCGCACACGAAUGCAGGCGCAAGACUCAGGAAAGGGAGGCCCUAAACUCUCCAUGGUGUCCUUGCUUUGCAACAUUGUGACCAAGGAGGGGAUUGCUGGACUUUAUCGAGGAAUCUCCCCCAACCUGCUGAAAGUUGUCCCAGCAGUGACCGUGUCGUACGUCGUCUACGAAUACACCAGGAUAAUGCUGGGUGUGGACAUCGAUGGCCGGAGGGGCGGGAAAGGGAACGGGUAGAAAAAUGAGAGAUGCUCUGUGUUGGGUGUAAUCUGCAAGCCUUGUGCUGCUGUCAGUGUGAAGAAAUGGAUCUUGGCUGUGGUUGAUCCAGAGACUGUAAAAUCAUGGGUUUUCUUGAUGAGAUAGGAGGAAAAGCAACAGAUAACUAUGGUUUAAAUGUAUAUAUAUAUUUAUAUAUAUAUAUAUAUAUAUAUAUAAACUACCUCUACCUAAACUAAUUGCUGGUGUAGAAAGUCUUCUGUAUUGCACACCAGUUCCUCUCGGCAGGUGUAUGACAGCUAACCAGUCAGCAUCUGUACCUGCUGCAGCGACUUGGAACGAUAAAAGACUUGGCACAGACUUGCCAGAGCACUAGAAAAACUUAAAAUCACAUUACAUCUCAAUUUUUGCAACAGCAUACUCACCUAAAUCACCAUUAGAGGAUGGUGAAAACAUUUCUGUUAACUAAAACACACACAAAUCUUUCUAGUUUAAGUUGUGGUUUUAAUGUCUCAAUUUCUUCCCAUUGAGUGAAUCCGGGCAACAAAGCUUGUGAGAAGUCUACUUGCAUGCGACCCAUUGUGCAAUUUGACAUUUGACAUGAAACACAGCCUUUGUGACGAGAGCCUUCCCUGUUUUCUCUACAGCUAAAUAUUGGACCAGCAUCCAUCUUAAAGUUUUGACUUUUGAAAAGUAGAGCCAAUUAAACUGUGAGACAUCAUCUCGGUGUAAAAGUGUUGUGGAGUCCCACACGUGGUGGUGACCCUCCCGCCAUGCUGCUGAUUUUGUCAAAUAAGGAAAGAAACAUUAAACCAAUGUCAGAAUCCAGGUAAGAUUACACUCAAUUGUGGUCAGCUUACAUUUUUCUACAAGUCUGUAUUAUAUUCAUUCAUGAUUUUAGCUAAUUCAUUUGAUUAAACCUAAAUUUACUCAUAAAUAUUUGGUGAAAUGUGUAUUUAAUAAAAACGUUUGUUACAGUCUUGUUACUCUCAAUGUUUUUUAUUUUCCUGUAUGUCCAGGAGGCAGAACCUUAUGUGAAAAAUAUCAUCCUUAAUCAGUUCCAAGGUUUUACAUGGCUUGACAUCACUAAGGUCUUAACAGGUUUUAAAACAAGAUGAAAGCAACCUUGGACAAACAGCGACAGGAACACGUGACAUUACAUCGUGUCAUAUAUAUGUUUUACAAAAACGAACCCAAAAUGCAAAAGCAUCAUGUAAUAAAGCUAACU